AUGGAGGUGCAGGUGGCGACGACGGAGGAACCGAGGGACCCGUUCUUGCCGCUGCGGUGGGAGAGCACGGGCGACCAGUGGUGGUACGCCACGCCCAUCGACUGGGCGGCGGCCAGCGGUCACUACGACGUCGUCCGGGAGCUCCUCCGCCUCGACCCGAACCUCCUCGUCAAGCUCACCUCCCUCCGCCGCAUCCGCCGCCUCGAGUCCGUCUGGGACGACGACGCGCGCCUCCACGACGCCGCCACGAACCGUGCCGCCGUCGCACGCCGCCUCCUGCUCGACUGCGAGCCUGCCGAUAAGCGCCACCACCUUCCCCGCGGGGGAGGAGGCGACGGCAACGCCAACCGCCUCCUCAGGGCCGGAUACGGCGGAUGGCUCCUCUACACGGCCGCCGCGGCCGGGGACGAGAGGUUUGUGCGGGAGCUGCUCGCGGCGCAGCCGCUGCUCGUCUUCGGCGAGGGGGAGUACGGCGUCACCGACAUCCUGUACGCCGCGGCGAGGAGCGGAGGCUCCGAGGUGUUCCGCCUCCUGUUCGAUGCCGUGCUGUCUGCGGCGUCGUGUCCGGCUCCGGUCGGGGGUGACGAAUUUAGGCGCGAGAUGAUGUGCCGCGCCGUGCACGCCGCCGCGAGGGGAGGCAGCCUUGACGUGCUCAGGGACCUCCUGCGCGGCUGCUCCGACGCCGCGGCCUACCGGGACGCGCAGGGAUCAACCAUCUUGCACGCCGCGGCUGCAAAGGGCCAAGUUGAGGUUGUCAAGGAUCUCAUUGCAUCUUUUGAUAUAGUGAACUCUGUAGAUGACCAAGGGAACACAGCAUUGCAUAUAGCAGCCUUUCAAGGCCAUCUUCGAGUGGUCGAGGCUCUCAUUACUGCAUCAUCAUCUCUCAUAUCAGCAACAAAUGAAGCUGGUGACACGUUCCUUCACAUGGCACUGACUAGCUUUGGGACUCCUGAAUUCCGAAGGCUUGAUCGUCAGAUGGAACUUAUUAGGCAAUUAGUUGGUGGAGCAAUUGUGGAUAUCAGCAGUACUAUCAAUGCACAAAAUUAUGAUGGAAAGACAAUUCUUCACUUAGCUGUGGUUGGCAAUCUGCAUCCAGACCUUGUUGAACACUUGAUGAGUGUGCCUUCUAUUGACCUCAACAUCUGUGACAAUGAUGGCAUGACUCCUCUGGAUCUACUCAGGAAACAGCCACGAACGACGUCAUCAGAAAUACUGAUCAAACAAUUGAUUUUGGCUGGUGGGUUCACAAACUCAAGGGACCAUGAGACUAGGUCAGUUAUCGCUUCUCAGAUAAAGAUGCACUCCAUUGUAGGAAGCCCAGGGACAUCAUUCAAGAUAUCAGAUGCUGAGAUCUUCUUUGAUGCUGGAAUUGACGUGCCGGGCAUCAGCGAAAGAGCAGUAUCAUUUUCCUCCAUUAUUGGCAGGGUAGAUGCUGACAUCCUGAGACCCAAACUGAAGAAGCUGAAUUCUUUCCAAGAUGCAGCAAAGCAUAUCAAAGUCCUACUCAGAUGGCCUCACCGCAAAUGGAAGAAAUCAGGCAGCGGCCAAAAGGAUCUGGAUGAUGAUGCCUCGUCCGUGGACUCUGCCAAGACCUGGAGCCAUGAAGAGACUCCGACACCACUGAGGCAAAGGUAUUCCAGGAUCAGCUCCCUGUUCAACAAGCGGACCUAUGCGGGCAAGACUUCACCUAGCGAGGCAAUGCAGAAGAGUGGAGUGGUACAGCCUGAUUCUAUUCCAGCUUCUACAUCUUGGUCAUCGUCAUCGUUGGUUGACAAGAUUGAAGCUGCCCAUCUGGACAAAGAUCAAUCUCCUUAUGUCAGUAGGCUGAUCAGGCAUACACCUAAGAAAUCUGGAUCGCUGAACAGUAGACUUAUGAACCAGUCCUUGCGCCUCAGGGCAUAA